AACAGAUUGUCAAGGGCGAAAUCUUAACAUUUGUUGUCAAUAAGGUUAUAUUUCGUCAUAGUUUGAUUUAAUCACAAAUUUGCAGUUGUUUUCUUUUGUAAAUCACAUUUGUCAUUUAUGUAAAAAUACCAUGUUUUCAUUCCAGAAUCAAAAUCAGGCUCUAUUUUACUUAUCCCAAGUGUCUACUAGUCUCGCACCAAGACAAACUGCGUACCUAAGUAAAAAAUCAUCCCAACAUAAAUCCAACGAACCCCACCCAUUGUGCCCCCAAAGUUUCUAUGAAUCCUACAAGAAUUUUAAUAAACAAUUUGCAAAAUCCGUAAAUAUAGAGAUCCUUCUCGAAAGCCACUUUUUAAAGCGUCAAAAAUCGACGGUAGCAUCAAAAGAUACGUUUUUUGAGAAUAACAAUGGUUUUCCCGAAUCGGAAUUAAAUAAAGAACACGUUCCGAUAUUAUUUAUCCAACGAAAUAAUGUUCAUGCAACUCAAGGGUUUUAUAAUAACCUUCUUAAUGGUUUACGGAAUGGGAAAAAAAUUCGUUUUGAUGUUCAGGUACGAGGUUUUAAAACGGAUCGCAGUGUUAAAGCUGAGAUGUUUAGAAACCCAUCCUUAAUAACGAGGAUGAAAAAUUUUUUUUCAACUCCGGAAUCGCACGAUAAACAACAGCAAGUUGAUCCUACAGUUAACAAUGAAAGAUUAAAUAAAGUUUUAAAUCAAGACCCUAAUAUUACUGAUGCAGAAAAGCAAAGAAUGAAGGUGGCUUUUGCUGAAGGCUAUCUUUUGGGGAAUAACCCUAAUUUAAAAACGGGAAAAGCAGCAAGAUAUUUUAAAAUCGUCCAGCAAGUUCUUACUAUUGUUAUCUUUUUUGCUAUCGUUGUUAGUUUAAUGGCUAGCGCAAACGGAUCUGUAUUUAGGAUUCAAUUAGGUAAUCAAGUAGAAGUAGAUCCUGAAGAUAUUAACGUAACUUUUGAUGAUGUAAAAGGCGCUGACGAAGCAAAACAAGAAUUAAAAGAUGUCGUUGAAUUCUUAAAAAAUCCCGAUAAAUUUUCUAGUUUAGGUGGAAAGCUUCCAAAAGGAGUUCUUCUUGUCGGUCCACCAGGUACAGGAAAAACUUUACUCGCUCGAGCGGUUGCCGGAGAAGCCGGAGUUCCAUUCUUCCAUGCAGCUGGACCAGAAUUUGACGAAAUAUUAGUUGGGCAAGGAGCUAGAAGAGUACGCGAUUUAUUUAAAGCCGCAAAAGAACGUUCACCAUGUGUAAUAUUUAUCGAUGAAAUUGAUUCCGUUGGAGCGAAACGUACUAACAGUGUAUUACAUCCUUACGCAAAUCAAACGAUUAAUCAAUUAUUAAGCGAAAUGGAUGGAUUUCAUCAAAAUGAAGGGGUUAUUGUUUUAGGAGCCACUAAUCGUAGGGAUGAUUUAGAUCAGGCUUUAUUAAGACCGGGGAGAUUUGAUGUUGAAGUGACAGUUCCAACACCUGAUUACACAGGGAGAAAAGAAAUUUUAAAUUUAUACUUAGGAAAAAUUUUAGCUAAGGAAGUUGAUGUAGAAUUAUUAGCUAGAGGUACCACUGGAUUUACAGGGGCCGAUUUAGAAAAUAUGGUCAAUCAAGCAGCUUUAAGAGCUGCUAUAGAUGGUGCUGAUAGCGUAGGCAUGAAAUACUUAGAAAAUGCGCGUGAUAAAGUUUUAAUGGGUCCAGAACGUAAAUCUCGUAUACCUGACGAAGAAGCAAAUGUUAUAACAGCUUUCCACGAGGGUGGUCACGCUAUUGUUGCUUAUUACACCAAAGAUAGUCAUCCAUUACAUAAAGUGACGAUCAUACCCAGGGGUCCGAGUCUAGGUCAUACCGCGUAUAUUCCCGAAAAAGAACGUUAUCACGUUACCAAAGCGCAACUGUUAGCAAUGAUGGAUACAAUGAUGGGAGGACGCGCCGCUGAAGAACUCGUUUUUGGCCCAGAUAAAAUUACUUCCGGUGCUAGUUCCGAUUUAAAGCAAGCAACGUCAAUUGCGAGUCAUAUGGUUAAAGAUUGGGGGAUGUCUGAAAAAGUUGGUUUGAGAACUAUUUCGGAAAACAGUAAACCAUUCUCUGGGGAUGUUCUUGGGCCGGCUACUAAUGAAAUGGUUGAUAAUGAAAUAAGAAAGAUUUUAUUAGAGAGUUAUGAACGUGCUAAACAUAUAUUGAAAACACACGCAAAGGAACAUAAAGCUUUAGCAGAGGCUUUGCUAAAAUACGAGACUUUAGACGCUGAGGAUAUAAAAGCGAUAAUGAACGAUAAAACACCAAACGUUGAAUUAAAAUCAUAACCGAGGCGAUUUUAUUAUCAAUUUAAAAAAAAAUACCGAGUAAAUAAACGACAAAUUGAACAGGUACAUACGCGGAGAUAUCGAGGGUUUUGUUAAUAACAUAUUUAUAUAAAGUGUAAUAAAUUCAUUUCAACCUAU